AUGACGCAGGAGAUUUUGGUAGUGGGCUUUGGUGCAGUGGGAGCUAUAUAUGCCUAUAGUCUUCAUCGGACUGAUAAGGUGCGAUUAACAGUUGUGGCGAGGGGAAAUUACGAACUGAUUAAAGAACAUGGAAUGUACAUCAAAAGCCAAAGAUUUGGAAAUGUUGAAGCUUGGAAGCCUCAUCGAGUGGUCAAUUCUAUCUCAAGUGCUGCAGAUAGACAGUACUCACAUGUUAUUCUUUCAACAAAAUGUGUUCCCGAAGUUAUCAAAACACCAGAUCUUCUCAAGCCCCUCAUUUCUUCUCCUUAUUGCGAUCAAUUCCAACAGCCCGUUUAUGUCCUGCUUCAAAAUGGCCUGAACAUCGAAGUGGACCUUUAUCGUGCUAUCAAAGCACUGGGAAAACCUGAGGAGCCAGUGAUCAUAAACACGGGUGUCUAUGUGUUUGCAAAUUUAAUCUCGGCAAAUGUUGUUGAGCAUGGUCCUUUUGCAAGGUUAGAUAUAGGUAUUUAUAGGCCUCAUGACUAUACAACUAUGGUCAAUUCGCCAGCUGAGCAACAGGUUCUUGAAGGGCUGAAAGAACUGUUCCAUAAUGUCGACAUCAACAUAUAUCCAGAGAUCCAACGCAAAAAAUUCGCGAAGAAUAUGUUGAACAUAGCAUAUGCGGCGUGUGCUUGUUUAACAAGAUGUUCUCUCACUUCCUUAUUCCGUCCUCCUCCCACGAACGUCCCUUACGAGCCGUACCUAGACCCAGUAACUGCUGACCGCGUAAACCUCUACACUCGUAAAUGGAUCAAAGAUAUCUUGGAUGAGUGUGUCCGUUUGGGCCGUGCAAUGGGGUUCCCUGAUUCUGAGGACGGACUGCCCUCGAGCAUUGUCGAAAACAGCAUGAAGACAUCUGAGAAGAACUAUUCUGGCCCAGAUUCAAAUCACAACCCAAGCACUCUGCUAGAUAUCGAGAAAGGAGCCCCCAUUGAAGUCGAAGUUAUUUGGGGCGAAACUGUACGUUUGGCAAAGGAGAGGAAUGUCGAUGUUCCUCGCAUUGAAAUGGCGUAUGCGAUGUUACUCUUAGUCCAAAACCAAAUUCUACGCCAGAUCAACUCUUCGAAACAAACUUAG